CGGCGCCAUUUUGCCCUGUAACUGAGGGAGGGGAUUUCUGUCCCGGAGGUGGCGCGUCCCAGUUCCUCUUUCAGUGGCUUUCAAGCAUCCACUGGGGGUAUUGGAAUGUGCCCCCUGUGGGUAAGGGGAGACUACCAUAUUGCUCUCAGAGGCUCUGGAAUGAAGAACUUCACUCAAUCCCAGGAUGAAGGUAUAGGGAGGUGUCUGAACCAUUUAGAAGGCAGCAAGAAUAUAAGCAGGCUGGCCCUGGUGUGUGCUCAUGGCUGAGGCAGGAGUCCAGGAGAGAAAGUGGACUCCAUGAACAGCUUCACUUCUCCUGCAUCCUGUUGACGAAAGCCAGUCACAAGGCCAGCCCAGAUUCUAGGAGUGGGGAAACAGACUCCACUUCUUGGUGGCGGAAGGUACAGAGUCACAUUUCCAAGGGCAUGGAUGUGAAGAGAGAAGUGUGCACGCAGCAGGCACUCAGUACACAUAUACUGAAGACCCGAGUAUCACCGACAGCUGCGGGGAACUGGGGAAAUCUGGGUGUUUCUCAGCCCAGCGUCGGCGGUUAAGGGGGCAGGAAUUACUCGCCGAGGUCUAGAGGUCACGUGCCCUGCGACCCUUGGAACGCGGGCGCGGAGUGGAACUCGGUGUAACAGAGCCCCCUGUGGUCGUGCCCCGUCUCAGAACCCGGUGCGGAAGACUCUCUCCCCGCCCAAGGAGGGAAGGCGGGCGGGACUCCCCUCACCGGCGUGCCCGGGUCCCCCUCGGAUCCAUGAAUAACCAGGCGCGGACCCCCGCCCCCUCCUCGGCCCGGACCUCAACGUCGGUCCGGGCUUCUACCCCGACCCGGACACCGACUCCAGUCCGGACUCGGACCCCCAUCCGGACCCUGACCCCGUCUCUGGCCGGGACUCCCGCUGUGGUCCCGACUCCAGCUCCGGCCCGGAUCUCCCGUCCGGUCCCAACUCCAGUUCCGACUCCUGCUCCCGCCCGGACCCCAACUCCGAUCCCGGCUCUGGUUCGGACCCUGACUCCAGUCCGGCUCCCAGCCCCCGCCCGGAUCCCAGCGCCAGCGCCGGUCCCGGCCCCGGCCCCGGCCCCAGCCCCAGCCCCCGCCCCAGCCCCAGCUCUAGUACUGGCCGGGAUUCGGGCCAUGCUCCCCUUCUUGGACUCCUACCCGGCCUCGGCCCUGCCUUGGGAUCCGCUCCCGGAACCUGCUCCGGAGCCGCCUGUGUCUGUGUCAUCCGAGGAGGACCCUGAGCCGGCGCCGAGCCUGAAGCUCGUCCCGUCGGUCUCCGGCGAGACUGGGCCCGCCCCGGGGCCCCUUCCCGCGCGCACCCCACUGGCCACGAACCCACCCGGGCCCACGCUAGACUUCAGGGCAGACCCGUCGGCCACUGGGCUGGCGGAUCACACCAUUCCCGGCUCUGUCCCUGCGCCCAUCCCGGGGACCAUCCCGUCGGCCGCCUCCUUACCGAAUUCUGCCGAAAGCUUCGUCUCCGCCAGCGAGAACUUCGCGCUGGACAAGAGGGUCCCUAUUCGAGUGACUUACUGUGGCCUCUGAAGCUAUAGCCUUCGGUACAUUCUACUGAAAAAGAGCCUGGAGCAGCGAUUUCCAGAUCGCCUACUCUUUGAGGAAGACAGAGCUGCCCAGGCUACAGGGGAUUUUGAAGUGUUUGUAGAUGGGAGACUGGUCCAUUCCAAAAAGAGGGGUGACGGCUUUGUGGAUGAGGCCAAGCUGCAGAAAAUUGUGAGCGUUAUUGAUGAGGUGAUCAAGAAGAGGUAGCCGGCAAGGGGUGGAGCUGGAGUUUCCAGGGCCACAGAGACUGAGGUUCAAAUCCUGGAUGCACCAGCCACACAGCCUAAGCAGGGUGAAGAUGAUGUGAGGUAAGAGCUUUCCAAAGACCUUUUUCAGUAAGUAACAGCUGUUGUUACUAGAAUCAGGACAGUUCUGAUUGUAAAAGAAAAUCCUGCUCAAACCGGCUUUAGACAUAAAAAUAUGGACACAUGGGAAAGUCCAGGGCAUAAUUUGGUUGGUUACAGGCAUGGCUGGAUCCAGGCACCAAAAGGGUGCCUUUGGGAAUCUCACUCUUCCUUUGGUUUCUGCUUUUUUCCUGGGCUGGCUUUAUUCUCAGUACUGGUAGCAUAAAUCCUGCAGAAGGUUCUCAUUGGCCUAGGUUAGGGCACAUGUCCAUCCCAGAGCCAGUCACCGGGGCCCAAAGAUUGUGGUGCUCUCAUUGGCCAGUCUUGAGUCAUGUGCCCAUUCUUGUGGCUUACUCAACACAUAUUUGCUGAGUACCUACAAUGUGCUGAUACUGUUCUAGGUCUUGGGGCUACAGCAGUGAACAAAACAAAUACAAACCCCCGCCCCAGUGAAACGGAUGUUCUAUUCUGGGAGACAAUGAACAGGAUAGUUAGGUGAAUAGAAGGCAUUUGGUCUGAUGUGGUGGCUCACGCUUGUAAUCUCAGCACUUUAGA